CAACUCGGAGGUACACACAAUAACACUCGAUAUGAUUUCUUUUUUUAUUACUGUUAUUAUCUGACUAUAGCAGUGACUGUUCGUUUAAUACAAUCUGGCCAGUCGUUUAGCCCGUCAAUAAGUGUCCGUGCGCGUAUGAUGUUCGUUUCGUGAGGUGUUGUGCGAUUUUUUUUUUUUUCUGUAUGCGAAUAGGCACUUAAUCAUGUUGGGCUGGCUGAGAAAAGACGAUGGCAAAAAAAUCGAAACAUACGAGUCCGUUCUGGACGGACUGCGAGAAAAGUAUAAAUCCAAACUAUUACCCUUAGAGCUGGCGUAUCAAUUUCACGAUUUCCACUCGCCUCAGCUGGAUGAUCCCGACUUUGACGCCAAACCAAUGAUAUUAUUGGUCGGCCAGUAUUCUACUGGUAAGACUACAUUCAUCAAACAUCUAUUGGAAUCAGAUUUUCCGGGCAUCCGGAUCGGACCUGAGCCGACCACCGAUCGUUUUAUAGCCGUUAUGUAUGACGACAACGAGUCCAUAAUUCCGGGCAACGCAUUAGUAGUAGACCCCAAAAGACAAUUUAGGCCUCUAUCGAAAUUUGGUAAUGCGUUCCUCAACCGGUUUCAAUGUUCUCUAGUGAAUUCACCUGUACUUAAAGGUAUUUCAAUUGUCGAUACUCCUGGUAUUUUGUCUGGAGAGAAACAAAGAGUAGACAGAGGUUAUGACUUCACUGGUGUAUUAGAAUGGUUCGCUGAACAUGUCGAUAGAAUUAUAUUGUUAUUUGAUGCCCACAAAUUAGAUAUAUCAGAUGAAUUUCGUAGAUCAAUAGAAGCAUUACGAGGUCAUGAUGAUAAAAUUAGAAUUAUUUUAAAUAAAGCCGAUAUGAUUGAUCACCAACAACUAAUGAGAGUGUAUGGAGCUCUGAUGUGGUCCUUGGGAAAAGUUCUACAAACUCCUGAAGUAGCCAGAGUUUAUAUAGGAUCUUUUUGGGACAAACCAUUGAGAUAUGAUGUCAACAGAAGGUAAUGUCAAUUUAUUUUAAUAAACUAAUUAUUUACGCUUGUUAAUAGUCAUUAUAUGCACUACCUAUGUUAUACCUACAUGAAACCAAUCUUGGUAUAACUAUAAACUCGUAUAAAGUAUAGGCAGACUGAUGUUUGUUUUUAAAUUUUACAAUCGAUCAAACCACUUUGUUGUCCUGUAAUUGUUACACUUUAGCCAUUAUAGUUUAUUAAUAAUAAUAAAUCGAAUUCCAAAAAUAACUAGAUCUUAAAUUGUACAAUUAAUUAAAGAUUAAUUAUUAUUCUGAUUAUUACAUUAUUAUGCAAGCAGGUAUGUAGUUUAAUACCUAGUUGUUAUAAUUGUAUAUAAAUUAUUUAAUUGCUGUCACAUAAUCUAAUAUAGUAAUUGGUAGACAAUUUAAAAAAAAAAAAAAAUGUAGAUUUGUGUUGGUACUAAAGCAUAAAUGUAAAUUAGUUCCUGCUAAAAUAAAUUAUUAAACAUUUUUAAGAAUUUCUAAUUUGGUUUGAUGCAAAUUAAAAUUGCUAUAAUAAUUAACACCGAACCUAAACUUUUAUUAGUAUUUAUUUUUUAUCACCUAGAAAUAAUAGUAUAUUAAUGUUUAUAGGUACUAAAAUUAAAUUAAUUUAGACUGUCUUUAUCUCAAAGAAUAGUAACGAGGAAACAGUUUUUUUAUGAUUCUAAGGUUCAAACAUAAAAUGAAAGACUAAUUGCUUGCACUUAUUUAAUUUCGACUACACAAUAAAAAUAUUACCAAGUUACAUUAUAGGAUGUAUUUAAUAUUAAUCAUAUGGUUUACAAUAUUAAUAGAUAAUAUUUUGUAUUAAAUUUAUUUGACAAAUCAAUUAAAAAUAUUAUGUUGUUAUGAAUCUUGUGCGGUUGAUGGUAAUUAGUCCAAUAAAACUAGAUUGUCUUUACAAAUGUAUAAAACAUGUUAUAUGUCUUUGAUCAGCUAUUAAGUUUAAAACAAUCAACUAAACAAUUCACAUUUAAUUAUGUCACUAGAUUGUUCCAGUUUCUAAUGAUUGGAAAUCUAUUUGAUAUUAUUCAUAUUAGGCACUAUUUUCUUUUUACCUUAAGUAGAUAAACAAGGUUAGUGGGUCAAUACUUUCAAGACCAAACUCCUCCACCAUAACAAAAACUUUUUUUUUUUUUAUGUACAAUUGUACAAACAAUAGGAUUUUAUUUAUUUACAUUAAAUACCUAUAGGUACUAAUAUUAUCAUUUUUAAUCACGAGGUGAAUCAUUACUAGUAGUAAUGCUUCAUAUUUAAUUAUUUUAUAAAUACAUUUUUCUGAUAGAACAGGUAUUAAUAACAAUAUUAAAGCACAAUAUUUUGGUAUAUAUGUGCAGAUAUGUUAAAUAAUAAAUAUCUGUUUGCCUAAUCUUUUUUUUAAUUUGCUCAAGCGAAAUAUAGGUGAAUUUAUAAAUAAGAAGUUUACAUCAUGAGUAGAUACCUAGAUUAGAUAAUUUGAAUUCUCAAUAGUAAUUUAAAGUCAACAAAAUUAAGUUUGCAAUACAGAGGUUUUAAUAUUCAUACAAAUAAUUGCAUGUCUUUUUAUCUCAAUAACAUUACAAGCAUUAAUAAUAUAAGUUUUUGCCUUAUUAGGUAAGUAUAUAACUUAGUUAAUUGCAAAAGAAUUUUAAUAAUUAAUUUCUUUUUUUUAACCUGUUGUCUUUAUAGUAUAAAAUUAAUAAUAUUAUUUAUUAUAAUGAAUUAAAGUUCAAAAUAUAUAACAUGUUACAUUAAUUCAGUUAUACAUAAUUUUUUUUAAUAAUUACCUAAUCUAAAAGAAAAAAAAAUUCUCAUUUGUGUUUUUUUAUUAUAUUUAGGCAAAAAAAAAAAACAACUGCACAGUUAUAUUAUAUAUUUUUUAAGUGUAUGAGGAUAAAUAGAUAAAUUACUGUUCACGCCCAUACAAUUUAAGCACAAUGCACGGACGGUUUAUAAUUUGUCUAAUUUGUUGUACCUAUUUGUAUAGGUACUUUUAAUUUCAGGGUUAGAACCUCUAUUAGAAUACUUUUGAACACCUAACAAAACGAUGAUAGUCCUUAUUUUGUAUACAAAUAUUAUAUUAAAAUGUUUGAACAGUAGUUAGGUGUGUAUCAACAUUUUAAACAAAGCUAAAACAUACAUACAAAGAACAAACAAUUAAAAUUAUUUUAUAGCAUCAAUAUGUUAUCUUAUGUAUCUCUCAGUGAAUAAUAAUAAUGAUAUGUAAAUUAAUGUUAAAGUAUUUGUACAAAUGAAUGUGCAGACUCGAUUUUAUAUAAAAAUAAAAUGAUACCUACCUAUUUCAAAAUAAAAUAACAAACUGUAGUAUAUGGUAGGUAAUAUUUUGAAAACUUUCUCAUUUUACUUACUUUGACUAACAACAGAGGUACUUACCAAUAAUAUUGUUUAAAAUUCGAACGCAAUAAUUAUUAAUAAUUUGAAAAAUGUUUUUGUUCUUUGAAUGGGUCAGUUGAAGUUAAAAUAUUUUAAAUUCUUACUUGUAUUUUUUUCUUUCCAUUUUUACAGUUUUCACAAUUUCAUGGCAUCAAACUAUGCAAUAUUCUAGAUAAAGAUGUUUGAAAAUUGAAUAUAAUAUGAGUAACAUAUACAUUCACAUUUCAAGGUUUACGCUCAAAAGUUUUUUUUUUAUCAAAAUGUAUAUACCAAGUGAUUUAUUACUAUUAUUAUAGCAUAAAUUAUCCGAGGUAAUUUUUCUCAUUUUAUAAAAUAAUAUAUAUAAUUUAUAUAAUAAAUAAAUUUAAUCUUAUAAUAUAUUUAAAUGUGUGGUGUUUGGUAUUUAAACUGUUAUAUCACUUAUAUAUUCAAAUAAAUAAAAAAAUAGACAGACAUACCUACUUCACUAAAUAGGUUAACUGAUGUCGGUUUGAAGUUAAAAAGAUAGGAUACAUAGAAUAAUUAAAUUUGCAUCUGUAUGCAAAAAUAAAUUAUUACUAACCAAAAACGAUUCUGAGCAAAAGUUCAGUCUAACAUAUUUUGAUAAAAUAAAUUAAACGUUGUAUUAAUUUGUAACUUUAAAAUAAAUUACAAUUGUCCAUGUUUUCAUUUCUCACAUUGUUGAACAUUUAAAUUGUAAUCUAAAUUGGUACUUGAAAUGCGUAUAAAAAUAAAAAUUUCAAUAAAGGAUUUUUAAUAUUUUUUUUUGGUCAUAAAAAUGUUUUUAUUAUAAAUCUUGUAUUAAAUUAUUGUAUAGUAUAAAAUAUUGUAUUCAAUUAUUAAAUGUCUCAUUUUUCUACAACCAAACAUAUUUUAUCCACAUAAAACUAAACCAAAACAGUUUAAAAUGGUUAUAAAUAGUUAAAAAAUAUACAAAAUGUCUUGAAAUCCACAUCUAGGACGUGUUUCACUAUGCUAUGCUCAGAAUUUAAAAAAGUUUGAAAUGAUUUUUAAAAAUCAUACUUAAUUUAUAUGUAUAUAUAUUCAGGAUGUACCACAAAGAUAUACCAAUUGUAAUUUCUUCAGAUAAUCAAAUUCUGGGUUUUUUAUGUUUUGUGUUUUAUAAAAUUACUAUCUUUAAAUUUUUCAAAAAUAAUUUAAAAAUUUUUACCAAAACAUAACAAAUUAUAUUACUUAGUGAGUAAUAUAAAAAAAAAAAAAACCAGAAUUUAAUUACUUAAAUUAUUUUCGAAGAUAAUACAAUGGGUAUAUCUUUGUGGGACACUCUGUGUAUAUAUAUAUAUUGUAUAAUUGUUUUUUCAGUACAUUAUCAAAGUCUAUUUUAUUAAAAACCAGUGGGCCAUUGUACAUUUUUCGAUUUUCUGAGAAAAAACUGUUACUUAUUUAAAAAAAAAAAAAGAAAAAAACAUCUUAAAGGAUUCGCCUGUGUCUAAUUUUUAAUCAACAACUGGAUCUAUAGUUGGAUGAAAUCUUUGAAGUCAUCGUUGUGCCCGAACAAUUUUUAAUUUGGAUCGGCGAGUUAAGUGUAUUAUAAAAAAUAACCAAAUGUAAAACCCGAAUAGAUUCGCUUCGUCUCAUUUUACCCAGAAUCCAAAAAAAAGAAAUCAAUAUAACCGAGAAUUUAACUGUAUUUUGCGCCGCCGCCGCAACAUUUCUUUUCUUUUCGAGUCAUACGAGUGGAUGGUAGGUACGUGCUUUGACUAGAAUUUCAAUUAAUAAAAAAAAACCCGCCAUCUCGUUUUCUCACGUUCAAUGCCGUCGAGUAAAAAGUGCAUACGCGUCUAUUUGUUUUAUUAUUUAUUUACCAUAAAACAUCGAAUUCCCAAGAAGCAAUUAACACGAUCGCGCGCAGCACUAUAUUUAUGCUGUUUUCGUUUGUAACAGCUACUUAUAUAUUUAGUAUAGUUUAGUCUAAUCGUAAUAAUACUAUAAUUUUGUUUACGCGCUCGAAAUUCUAAAUAUAAUCUAAAACGUUUAAUUUAUCAAUAAUUAAACUACUGUCCGGGACUACUGUUAGAAAGACGUUACACCCGCAUCUACUGUCUCGGUCCAACUACUAUCGGGCAAUAUGCAAAAACAAUGCCUACGUAGUACAAGUAAAACUGGCUUAGUUUUGAUUUUAGAGUAAAAGUACCCUUUUAUGAAAUUUAUAGAGAAUAAUAUUCCGAAGGGAAUGCCAUAGUUUUUAUUUUUUUUUUUUUUCGAAUUAUGAACUAUUAAAAUAAUUACGGUUAUUUAGGAAAGAAGGUUUUUGUUUUUUUUCAUAUCGAGCUGCAUAUUUGAAUAAUUCAAAAAACGCCUAUGACAUUGUCUCCAAAUUGUUGUUCUCUGUAAAAUAUGCUAUAAUAGGUACUUUUACAUCAAAAUCAAGAUAAUUUUACUUAUUCUGCGUAUGCAUUGUUCUUGCAUGUUACCCGGUAGUUGGACUGAGACGGUAGAUGCGAGUAGCGUUUCUUUCAAACAAUUUUCUCUGGGGGGAGGGCGUUUAAAAAAAAACGAGGAGGGGGGAGUCAUUUAUAUCACAUCAAUCAAAAUAAAUUGCUUGAUAAUAAUUUUACCUUUUUCUGAAAUUAUGGUUGUGAAUAAUAUGACUAAAUACACAAAAUCUCAAAAAUUAGGUUCGCAUUUAGAUUUUCUCCGGGAGAGGGGGGCCUUGGACAUCCUCCAGAGGGCUCGGCUCCCCCGCCCCCGGAGAGAUGUCUGAAAGAAACACUGUAUGCGAGUAUAAACAUGACUCGUGACGUGCAACUUGUUUGAUGUAUGAACUCAUUCAGUGCUAUAUUACACCCCGAGAAAGUGUCGAUGCCCGGCUGUUUAUCGGUCGCGAUUUAAAACUCUUCCGUUACUUGACGUUUUUUCUCUCUUUAAUAUUAAUAAUAAUAAUAAAAAUGUAUCAAUUUGGUUGUGUAUAAUCCACUGUUAUUACAGAUAUACAUUAUUUUAACCGUAUUUCCGAUUAUAAUGUAAUAUAAUUAACGCGAUAAUUAUAAUUUCACGAUCGCGCAUUAAAUAUUAUAAUUUAUUUUAUCAUCGUGAUUCAGCUAUUUUCCCGGAGGAUAUUUAGUAAAUUUUAUUAUAUAUAGUUUGUUCGAUCUAGUUAUAAAAUUGUUUACGCUUUAUUUCAAUACCUUUGAUUUUCGAAUGUUGUAACUUCUAUUUCGAAAAAAAAAAAAAUAAAUAUUAUCUAGUAUACAUAAUACAACACAGUGAACCGGCGAUCUCGGGUUUGUUUAACAGGUACAUCUUGUCUGUAAAGUUAUUUGCGUGUUAAUUAUCUAAUGGCCAUUGUUCAAUACGAAAUACCUAAUAGUCAACGGGCGAGGCGAUCGGCCCGGGUCCUUUAUUCCUCCUCCUCCCCUCCCCCCCGUCUGUACCGCAAGCCGCAGCAGUUUAUGUCGAUAUCUGCGUGCACAUAUUACUACUGCCAUUGCCAAUCGGUCCGGGUCCUAUAUCCCAUCGUAGUAAUACGUGAAUACGAGUGUUUCGGUGUAUUAAAAUUAGGUACAAUGGAGAUUUAUGAGUUACGGGUAUUCAGAAUAAAUAUUAAAUAACCCAUACGAGCAUGUACACGGAUCCGAGGAUAUUCUGGUCGUGUUAAAAAAAAAAAAAACAAAACAAAACCGUGCCAGAAACAAUACUCAAAAAUCUGCUGUUGACCGUAAAACUGUAACGUGUAGUACACGUAGGUGUACGUUUUUAUACGCGUCGAGACAUUUGUAUGCAAAUGCUGUACGCCGACUGCAAAACAAAUAUUAUAUUUAACGAUAAGCGCUAACGAAAUCGUUUCGCCGCGAACAAAUAAAACUAUUAAACGUCAUUUUUAUUAUUUUUUUUACGCGUCUCCCAUAUUAUUAUUGUUAUACCCGCGUAGGUAUACCUCCGUGCGUGCACCUUUCAUUUCUGUACAUCAUUCCGUACGGAGGAAAUUAAAAGCUGUCGGUUCGCGUUAUAUUUUUUUUUUUUUUUUUUUUUUUUUUUGUGUAUCGCCUAUUGAUUCAAUAUAUAGUGCGGCGACAUUUAUCUAUGUAUGAUAUAUAUUAUGUAAUUUUAUUGACAUUGGUUGAUAUAAAAUCGCCUGCAGUGACAAAAUAAUGACAUUAAAAAAAAAAAUGUAUAAUAACUCUCUCGGUUUAAACGUGUGUGUAUGUGUGUGUACCCGCCGAAUGCUGAUUACGUAAAGUAUAUAGUCGGUGAUCUGCCAAUUUUUUUUUUUUUUUUACGACGGGGGAUCGAGUUCUAUUAUAAUAUUGUAUUAUUAUCGCGCGUUUAAUUCGAUUUCACCGCUCCGAUUAGACUGUUUGCGAGAAACGCGACGAGCCACUAUAGCAGUCCUAUUGUAAUUUGAAAAAAAAAAAGAAAAGAGAACUAACAAAACGUUCCGAGGAAAAAACCAACAAACAUUUAAAACUCGUACAAUUGUUGAAAUUUGUUUAGGUGGACGGGCAAAAUUCCCAUCCGCGUUGAUGCGGACGUUGAGUUCUCGAAUCCUCGGUCUAUCGAAAAUUUAAUAAAUUAUUCUCUCAGUGGCAUCUACUCCGUUGUCGGCAAGUAAUAAUCGUUUGUGGAAUGGUUUUACAGUGGUGCACCAGUCAUCUUAAUAAACAGUAACGAUUGUAUAGGUAUAUCUAGCCAGUACUUAUUUUUAAAUCCACAAUCAUAGGUAAACUUUUAACUUAUGCCUAUGCUUUAAAAACAGUUAUUACAGUAUACGAAAUUAAUAAAUGCCAAGGCCUAAGAAUUAAACGCUUACAAACUUAAAUGUCUAUUGUUAAUCAAUAUUAUUUCUAAUGGCCAUAAACAUUGUCGUUUCGACAAAUCUAUAACCAUCGACCAAAAUCAUGUAUACCAAUUUCCGAUAGCAAAAAUAACCAGGUUAAUCGACACACGGUUAUAUUAGUCAUCACAAUAUUCGAGUGGAUGAUAAAGCCCGUGAACCUCGAAUUAAACAUGGCCGAUCGUUACUUCACCUAGCAGUCUAACUUAUUGUAUACAUCUGCGGGUCCGUUUCGCGGUAGCAAUAGUGACGGGUAACGCGCGAUGAGCGAUUUUGAAAUAGAUAUUGAGACACACAUAGUUUAAUGCAGUGGUGUUUUUAAUGGUCUUGAGCUACUUGAGCGAGGGAAUUAGAAUUGUUGACACAAUUUUACUAAUUCAAAAUUCAAAAGUUUCGAAAAUGAACUGAACGCUGACGUAAAAAAUUGUUAUGCGUGUGAUGGAAUUCGCCAAUAAGUGCCACGACUGGUACAUUUGAUGAACUAGGUACUUGACAGUUUUUUUUUGUUUUUAAUAUUAGAAUUAUAUCUAUGUAACAUUGAACUACUUUAUUUGUUUAGUGACACUUUGGUAAAUAAAAAAAUAUUUUAAUAUCAUAAUCAACGCAGUGGUUCUCAACCUGCGGUACGCAUAUUACUACGCAGAAAGUUCGUAUAGGUGGUACGCGAAAAAAAAUGUUUUAAUAAGUAAAAACAAAAAUUUGAUUAAUUAUAAUGUAGUUCAUUAAAUAUUAAUAAAAAUAAUAACUGCACAUAUUAUUUAAUUCUUAUGUACUAAAUGCUUAUAAUUAUGUAGGUUUAAUAAUAAAUAGCUUCUUACAUACAGGGACGGAGUGGGAUCUAAAUUCAUUUUUGGAAAUAUUAUUAGGUGGCCCACUUACUAUUUAAGACAUAUUUUAGGCAUUUUGAACUAUUAAAUAUCACAAAAUAUUUAAUUCUUUACAGGGCUAAAUAAACAAAAAUGUUAGUUCCCCAAACUUUAAAUUAUAAUUUUUUCAAAGUAAUUUGUAAUCUAAACUAUUUCGAAAAUUAAACAUGAAUAUGGUCACUUACAACUUAGAAGACAAGUGUCUUAUAUAUAUUUAUGAUAAAUAAUUAAGUAAUGCAUAAACAUAUAAGAUAUAAAAAUACAUUUAUAUAAUAUUUAAAAUUACAACAAAAACCAAUAAACAUAUUUUUUUAAAUUAUUAAAUAAAUUCAUUCGCUGAUAUGACUUUUUGAAAAAAACAUCAUAUGAAUUGAUUAAGCUAAAAAAGUCAGCAACCAUAACAGGUUCUUUAGUAGAGUCACAUAUGCAUUUUAAUUUGUCAAUAUUAAUUUCCAUCACAUCCUUUCUAGUAGAAUUUGAACAACAUUUAACAGUUAAUAUUUUUUCAUUGAUUUUGCCAUUGAAAACGUAUCGAAGAAUAAUUGAACAUUGUGUAUCAUAUAUUUAUUUUUUCUCCCAACUUGUGUGUAUAAUUAUUCAUUUUUUAAGUAAAAUUCAAUAUAUUUUAUUAAAUAUAUAGAAUAAGAUAUUUAACUUGUGGCUGGCUCAUAGUUUUUCAAGAGUAUCGGUCCAUCUGGAAAAAUCCAGAUUUCCAAAUGGGCCAUUCCGCUCCUGCAUACAUGUAAAAUAAUGUACACAUUUUGAUUUUUUGAUAAGUAAAACGAAAAAGAAGAAGCUCAAUAACCGUACAAAGUGGCAUGUGAAAAAUUUCAAAUGUGUAAAUGGUACGCGGAUACGAAAAGGUUGAGAACCGUUGCACUAAUGAAUAUAAACGCCUCCUUUGUCGCCCAUCGCUUGUCAAUGUGAACCGCGGGUCUUUUGGUAGAGUUCGUUCACUACAGCGACUUUCCGUGAUGAGGAAUACUUAUAGUGUAAAUAAUUCGAAUAAUUGCAAUGAUAUUGUUUUGAAUUAUAAAUGCCUCGUACAAUGAUUUAUUUCAUACACAAAAUCAGUGCUAUUUCGUGACUACCCUCUGAACUAUCCGACGUGAUUUUGCAUAGUAAAUCGAGGGUUUUUUUUUUCGAUUAAGUUCCAACGUAAACUCGUAAAUUAUUUUACUAACGAAAUCAAACUCUAUAACAGAAGCCAAGUUAUCUUAAGUGCAACUAGGAGUGGUGCUAGGGGGUCUCUAGCCGCCCAAAAAACCCAAUCAACUUUUUCAUAGUACCGACUAAAUAUUUUAUGUAUUUCAUAAUUAAUUAAGGUGUCGUUGACUGUUGUAAUAGUCAUGUUAAGAGGAUUGUGGGGGCGUAGCUUCCAUGGGUCUUUAAUGUGUGCAUAGGUUUAGCAACCUUUUUACACACUACACAGGUACUUUUAAGUACCUAAUUAAAAUUCCGAAAGGAUAAUUUGUGCAGCGCUGGGAAAUGUAUAGGUACUUGCAUGCGAAUUUUAAUAGCUCUACACUCAUACGCAUCGGACAUUUUUCGACCAUGAGGUAUAAAAAUGCGUCUAUUAUAAUAGAUUGACAAUGUUAUUUUCUGUAAACGCUUGUACAGCAACAGGAAGAAAAUAGUGAAAAACCAAAAAAAAAAAAAAAUAGGUAAUUAUAUUAUUCGGAUGAAUAUCGCCAAAUUUGUAAGAUUAUUAUUUUUUAGAAAUUAUAAGUACUUAACGCACAUUCACUUACAAAAAAAAAAAAAAAAUCGAAAAUUCCUCCUUCGGCGGCGGCGUGAAAAUUCGACAUUUGUGUGCGUGAUAUUAUUAUAGACGGAUAGUAGGAACAUUAUAGUAAGAUUAUAAUAAGAGCACCUAGUGAAACAGCGGUGAAACGAGCAAAGUGAACGUGUCUCGAAAAAUGAAUGGUACCACUUCGCACCCCGCGUCGAUUGGUCGACUCUCGGUGAAACAAACCGCCGACAGUUGGCUGCCGUCGCACUCGAGUUGCCAGGGACGAGGGUCACAAAAGUGUAGAAAAACAUUGAAAAACGUUGCGGUACCUAUUUAAAUAUUCGAUUUAAACCACUGUAGGACACGGCUUUCUCAAUACUUUCUAUGUAGACGCGUAUUCCCGUUCACGGAACACCACGAAAUAAAUAAUAGUACGAUGUGUCCGGGUUCUCGUCAUUGACAAAUUCACUAAAUAUUUUUAAUUAAGUUCAAUUAUCUCGUUUGUAACAAAGUUAUUUUAUAAUACAUGCAUUAUUAUCUUUGGUGGAUGUAGAUUUCGAACCAUAGAAACUUGUAGUAAUCAAGUACCACGAAUUUUAAUUAUUUUUUUUUUCUCAGAAAUUAUUAUGCUUUUUAUCGAAUUUUAAGUAAUCGACUACAUCAUAGAUGCAUUUUUUUUUUUCUCUUCUGUCACCGAGUGAUUUUGUAACUAUAAGAUACAUAUUAUAUAUUUUCAUGAUAUUAUGUAAUUUUUUAUACUCAAAGUAUGCAAUCGAAAUUUACUAUGAAGUUUAAUCAUUUGAUUUUUUUUUUUCUACGAUACAUAAUCAAAAAUAUUUUAAAUCUCGGUACAUCGUUCUACAAAUUAAAAACAUCUUUUAAAAGGACGUUUACCCGCAUAUGUUGUCUCAGUUCAACUACUUACGAGCAAUAUAGUACAAUUUACUUUACGUAGAACUCUUUUAAUUUUGUUUUUAGAGUAAAAGCACCUAUAAUAAAAUUAAAAAAAAAAAAAAAACAAUAUUCCGGCGGACAAGACACAAGACGAUGUGUUUCUUUUUUAAAUUCAUUUUUUGAUUUGUUAGUCAUUUAAAAACGAUGAAUUAGUCUUAAUUUCUAAACAAUAUAUUGAACGUUAUGUUCCAAAUAAUAAUUAGUAUAAUAGGAAAAAUUCGUCUUGCCCUCCGGAAUAUUACCCUUUUUUAAUUAUAUAGUAGGUUAUUUUACUCUAAAAUAAAAAUUAAGUAGAGUUCUACGCAGUCUGCUUCAUGUAAAUUUUACUAUAGUAGUUGGACAAUGACAGUACGUGCCAGUACGACUUCCUCUUAAUCCAAGAUUUAGAUUUGAUGCCAGAGUUUUACAAAGUGGUUUGGUCUUUAUGAAAUGUAAACCCGUUAUAUUAUCAUUAAUAAUAUUAUGAUAAUUGUAUUUUAUAAUCAAAUAAAUAAUUCUUAUUUAUUAAAAACAAAAUGUGCUUCCUGUUUUUAAUAUUUUAUACAAAACAUUCUUGGAAUACAAUUUAAAAAUGUAUGGUUUCUGGAUUUGUAUUUAUUUACUAUCAAAAAUUAAAUAAAUAAAAACUGUCUAUACUAUACUGAUAUAUUGAUUAUAAAAUAAAAUAGAUGAUUGGGAUCUGUGAAUAACAUUGAGAUAUUACAUUGCAAUUUUUAUUUUUAUUUUGUAGGUUGUUUGAAGAUGAAGAACAAGAUCUGUUCAAGGAUUUACAGUCAUUACCUGGUAACGCAGCUUUGAGGAAACUAAAUGACUUGAUAAAACGCGCAAGACUUGCCAAAGUAAUUAGUUAUAUUAUAACAAUGUGUAAAUUUAAUGACAUUAGUUACUGAAUUUUGUAUUAAGCAAAAAAAUAUAUGCACAUAUAUAUUUAUAGUAUAGACAUUUUUUUUCUUUGGUUACAGGUCCAUGCUUACAUAAUCAGCGCAUUACAUAAAGAAAUGCCUACUAUGUUUAGGAAGGAUGUUAAAAAGAAGGAAUUAAUCAAAAACCUCGGCACUAUUUACCAAAAUAUUCAAAGAGAACUGCAGAUUUCAGCUGGAGACUUUCCGGAUAUCAAAAAAAUGCAGGUAAACACACUAUCAUACCUGAAUGUUGAUGAAUUUUUAAAUUUAUUAUACUUAGUACUAAGGCUAGGUUUUAUAUGUAACAAACAUUUAUGAAAUAUGCAUUUGGUUUAUUAAAAAUAUGCAAAAAUAUACCAAUUAAUAUAUUAUUAAAUGAAAAAAAAGAAUGUUCACAAAGUUCUAAAAUCUAAAAAAAAUAUAGUUCUACAAUUAUUAACGUUAUUCAAAUGUAUUGGUACAUAAAUCGAUUGCAUGAUGUUUUAAAUUUUCAACGAUCUUCUGUUAGAUCUUAAGAUGUUUUUAUAUUUACUAAAACUGUUCGAAUAUCAUAUGACGUAAUUUUCACGUGUUUAAAUUGUAUUACUUUCCCAGGAGUUAGAUUGGGGAAACCUUCAUCCAGAUUAUUUAUUCUAACACAUAUAUUUUUUAAAUUUUUGUUGGCCUUUUCAACAAUUAUUCUUUUGUUUUAGCAAAGUUUAAAUUUAGUGUUUUUUAAACUUUCGUCAAGUGAAGAUGAGACACUUUCUAAUUUUAAUUUAGAUACACUAAAAACGUCAAAAAUGUCAAACACACACUAACUUUUGGACUUAUAAUUUUAUUCCGUAUAGUUAUUAAUUGUAUAAUAUAAAACCUUCGAUAAGAUGCGAUGUGAUAAAUUAAAUUGCAUUUUGGGUAUUUUUGCAUAGCAAUGAAAUGCCAUGUAACAAUGUAUACAAUAAAACAUGAAUUUUUCACGUUUUUUUAAUUGAAAUAUGCAAAAAAAAAAACAUACCAAUACAUAUAAAUUCUAUUUCUACUUAUUACAUAUUUCUCAUUCUGGACGAAUACUAUUUUUGUUUAUUAAAAAAUUGAUCUAUUUGUUUUUUGUCAGUCAAUACUGGUCAACUUAGAUUUUAGUAAAUUUCAAAGUCUAAAACCACAUUUAUUGGAAGAGGUUGAUAAAAUGUUGUCUAACGAUAUUGCCAAGUUGAUGGCAAUGAUUCCUCUGCAAGACAUUGAAAACCGUAAAGUACAAAACGGAGAUACCGAACCAAACACAGUUAUUAAAGGUAAGACAUAACUACCAAUAAUUAUUAUUUCUUAAAAAAAUAGCUUAUUCACUUUUAAUUAUUUGGUUCCUGUUUUAGGUGGUGCAUUUGUCAGUGUCCAGGAUAAGGCCAGCCCGUUUGGUUACAAGAGAGGAGAAGGUAUCGAUGCCGGAAAAGGAGAAACCGGUUGGGUGGUAGCUAGAGAACGCCAGAAAUAUGAUUCAAUAUUCUCUUCUCUCGAAAAGUCUGAUGGCAAAUUAUCUGGAGCCGGUAUGUUCAUACCUAAAGUGAACAAUACAGUUAUUGUAAGUUUAUUUUUUAUGUAUAUGUUUUUUUUUUUUUUACAGUUGCCAAAGCAGAAAUGGUUAAGUCAAAACUACCAAACUCAGUUCUGGGCAAAAUAUGGAAAUUAGCUGAUACUGAUGGUGAUGGUUUUCUGGACAUGGACGAGUUUGCGUUAGCUAUGCAUUUAAUACAAGUUAAACUAGAAGGGCAUGACUUACCAGUUGAACUACCUGACCAUUUAGUUCCUCCCUCUAAACGGGACAUUUAAUAGAAAUAUCCUAAACACGCAUACACAAAAUUGUAUUCAAUAGUACGUGCAAUGCGUCUAUAUAAUAUAUAUAUAUAUAUAUCCAUGAAUUUAUGGUGAAUUAUUGUUCUUAAAUAGUACUAUAAAGGUAAUAGUAAUAAAUGUAUACUGCACGAGUCCGUCUUUUUGACUAUGUCUACUGCUUAUAAGAAAAAUGUUAUUUAUUUAAAUUCAAAAUUGUCAACUUAUUUUAAUCUAAUAAUAAUACGAAUAUAUAAUAUAUUUUUAUGUGUGGUGUGACAAAGAAGUGAUGCUUUUUUACAGCAUUUCAUUUAUACCAAUAUCAGCAAACUAUAUGUGAUAUGUUUACAUAUUAUAUUAUUUAUUAUUAUAAUUUAUAUAUACUUAAAACGAGAAUAAAUUGUCAAUUUUGAUUGUCCAGUCAUUAAUAAAUACUUCUAUGAUGUAAGGCUACUUUUUUUCUUUUCUUUUUUUUACUACUUUGAAAGCAAAUAUUGUUUGAAGUGUAUUUUUGCCCAAAUAACAUACGUGGUGUUAGCCGAGACCAAUAAUGUUUUAUUAUUUUUAUUAUUAUUUAUAUUAUAUAUUGUAGCAUUUAAAUUAUAGUUAAAAUAUAUUUUUAUUGUAUUUGAUAAGAUAUUUAUGUACCUAAUUUAUCUUAAAGAAAUUUAUUUAUUUCUUGUUACACGUGUUUUGAAUACCAUUAUAUUUUUGAAAUUAAAUUUACCUUAUGUUUUUUUGUUAAAAUGAAAAAAAUACUUUUUGUUAAGACAGUGAAAUAGUAGCCACACAAUAGCAAUGGCUUUUUCUCAACAAUUAUCGAAGUCAUCAAUUGAUCAAAGGUCAACUGGAAAUCUAAAUGUUCGUAUGAGUAGGAGUAUUUGAAUUGUGUGCAACAUAUUGUUUGAUUAUUGUUUAUACACCUACAUAAAGAUGUAAAAAAAACUCAUGUUUUAUUAUUUAGGUUUUACAUAUAAUAUACAAUAUGCAUAGUAAUAUAAAUUAGUAUAGACAAUUUUUUACUGAAAAUUGUCAAAAAUUUAAAACUGCAAAUUGACCAAAUUUAUCUGAGUUUAAAUAAGCCUAUCAACUGUAUAAUAUAAAAUGGCUACAAACUUUGUUUUAUUGUGUGACGUGUAUAUUAUUUAUAAAUGAAUGUUGUCAUAUUUUUUUAUCAAUAUUAAU